ACACACUGCAGCUUGUGUGACCCGAUUUCCUGAUGUAGUGCGUAACCGGCAAAGAUGGGGGGCACUCGCGGUCCCGCUGGAAAAAAAAGAAAGAAAAGAGUCUAGUGAGCGAUAGAACCUCAAGUACCACAGCCAAGGACCGUGCGGCUCAGAAGGCGGCGAGGCACGCGAUGUCUCGCGGAAACAGCAGGACUUUCUUUACGGUGGAUUAAUUCAAGAAAUUGUCAUUGCAAACGAUGUUCACUUCGUCCAACCUGGAUGUACUCUCAGACAGCUAAGGUUUCCAGACAGCUGUCACAGACGGAUAUUAUGCCCGAACCGCCGAAACCGUUGUCGUGAAGUGGAAUAUGGCACGCUUAAAAAUGAAUUCAGUCCUCCUUUUGUUUUUCCCAACGGUGUUGUUCUAUAGGCACGCGUUGUCCAGCCGCCUCUACGAAAGGUCGUUAAUGCCCAGGGCCGUGUCUCGCUCCGUUGCCAGAAUGGAGGGGGAUAUUGUAAUUGGGGCUCUUUUUUCCGUUCAUCACCAACCGUCCGCCGAGAAGGUCGCGGAAAGAAAAUGCGGAGAGGUCAGAGAACAGUACGGCAUCCAGCGGGUGGAGGCCAUGUUUCACACGCUGGACCGCAUCAAUUCAGACCCCAACCUUCUUCCGAACAUUACCCUGGGCUGCGAGAUUAGGGACUCGUGUUGGCACUCGUCCGUGGCUUUGGAACAAAGUAUCGAGUUCAUAAGGGAUUCGCUUAUAUCUAUACGGGACGACAAGGAUGGCUCCAAAUGGUGCAUUGAUGGAGCGCCUUCGAAUCAGCCCCCAACGACGAAGAAACCCAUCGCUGGAGUCAUUGGACCGGGCUCCAGCUCGGUGGCGAUUCAGGUUCAAAAUUUACUACAGCUGUUCAACAUUCCCCAAAUAGCCUACUCAGCAACCAGUAUCGACCUGAGCGACAAAACACUUUUCAAGUAUUUUCUGAGGGUCGUUCCCUCGGACACGUUACAAGCCAGGGCCAUCCUGGACAUAGUUAAACGCUACAACUGGACCUACGUGUCGGCGGUUCAUACCGAGGGGAACUACGGGGAGAGCGGGAUGGAGGCCUUCAAGGAGCUGGCCUCGCAGGAGGGCCUGUGCAUCGCGCACUCGGACAAGAUCUACAGCAACGCCGGCGAGAGGCACUUCGACCGGUUGCUACGGAAACUGCGGGAGCGGCUGCCCAAGGCCCGCGUGGUGGUGUGCUUCUGCGAGGGCAUGACGGUGCGCGGCCUGCUGACGGCCAUGCGCCGGCUGGGCGUGGCCGGCGAGUUCCUGCUCAUCGGCAGCGACGGGUGGGCGGACCGGGACGAGGUGGUGGAGGGGUACGAGCCGGAGGCGGAGGGCGGCAUCACCGUCAAGCUGCAGUCGGCCGAGGUCACGUCCUUCGAUGACUACUUCCUGAGGCUGCGGCUGGACACCAACGCCAGGAACCCGUGGUUCGCCGAGUUCUGGCAGUUCCGCUUCCAGUGCCGGAUUCCGGGCCACCCCAUGGAGAACACCAACUACAAGAAGAUCUGCUCAGGUGAUAUAGAGCUCAGAGAAGGUAACGAGAGCCUGGAGGAGAACUACGUGCAGGACAGCAAGAUGGGCUUCGUCAUCAACGCCAUCUACGCCAUGGCGCACGGGCUGCACGACAUGCAGCAGGAGCUCUGCCCCGGCCGCGUGGGGCUGUGCGAGGCCAUGGACCCCGUGGACGGCAGCAAGCUGCUGGACUUCCUGCUCCGGACCUCCUUCACCGGCGUGUCCGGCGAGGACGUGUACUUCGACGAGAACGGGGACUCGCCCGGCAGGUAUGACAUCAUGAACCUGCAGCACGUGGGCGACGGUCACUACGACUACAUCAAGGUGGGCUCCUGGCACGAGGGCCUCCUGCGCAUCGACGACUACAAGAUCCAGAUGAACCACAGCGAGAUGGUGCGCUCCGUCUGCAGCGAGCCCUGCACCAGAGGCCAGAUCAAGGUGAUCAGGAAGGGAGAGGUGAGCUGCUGCUGGAUCUGCACCACCUGUAAGGAUAACGAGUACGUGCAGGACGAGUUCACCUGCAAGGCCUGUGAGCUGGGCUGGUGGCCUGACCAGGACCUGGAAGAAUGCCAGCCCAUCCCGCUGCGCUACCUGGAGUGGAGCAACGUGGAGUCCAUCGUGGCCGUGGUCUUCUCCUGCCUGGGCAUCCUGGUGACCAUGUUCGUCACGUUCAUCUUCGUGCUGUACCGCGACACGCCCGUGGUCAAGUCGUCCAGCCGCGAGCUCUGCUACAUCAUCCUGGCGGGCAUCUUCCUGGGCUACAUCUGCCCCUUCACGCUGAUCGCCCGGCCCACCGUGGCCUCCUGCUACCUGCAGCGCCUCCUGGUGGGCCUCUCCUCCGCCAUGUGCUACUCCGCCCUGGUGACCAAGACCAAUCGCAUCGCCCGCAUCCUGGCGGGCAGCAAGAAGAAGAUCUGCACGCGCAAGCCGCGCUUCAUGAGCGCCUGGGCCCAGGUGGUCAUCGCCUCGCUCCUGGUCAGCGUCCAGCUCACCCUGGAGGUCACGCUCGUCAUCCUGGAGCCGCCCGAGCCCGUCAAGUCCUACCCCAGCAUCCGCGAGGUCUUCCUCAUCUGCAACACCAGCAACAUGGGCGUGGUGGCGCCGCUGGGCUACAACGGCCUGCUGAUCAUGAGCUGCACCUACUACGCCUUCAAGACGCGCAACGUGCCCGCCAACUUCAACGAGGCCAAGUACAUCGCCUUCACCAUGUACACCACCUGCAUCAUCUGGCUGGCCUUCGUGCCCAUCUACUUCGGCAGCAACUACAAGAUCAUCACCACCUCCUUCUCCGUCAGCCUGAGCGUGACCGUGGCGCUGGGCUGCAUGUUCACGCCCAAGAUGUACAUCAUCAUCGCCAAGCCCGAGCGCAACGUGCGCAGCGCCUUCACCACGUCCGACGUGGUGCGCAUGCACGUGGGCGACGGCAAGGCCGCCUGCCGCACCAACGGCUUCAUCAACAUGUUUCGCCGGAAGAAGAGCGCGCCCGGCGGCAACGCCAAGUGCAAGGCCGCCACAGAAGGGAGAGCACGCGUGGCACAGAUUAUCUGUGCAUGUGAAGAGACAGGGAGCCGGCUCCAAUCAGACGGCAGUCAUCAAACCCCUAACUAAGCCCGGCCACUGCGCAGGCCUCAGUCCGUCCGAGCUCGGCGCCAAGACUCUGUACAACGUGAGCGAGGAGGAGGAGGAGGAAGAGGGCGAGGCCGCGCGGUACCGCCUGCCCGAAGGCCCCUCCUCCCCCGCCAC